UCCGUGAACGCGGCACGUUCCGCAGCGCAGCCCGGUCGUCAGUAGUUUUCGAAACCGUGAAAAAUCCUCCAACCUGUGAAAUAACCACAAACAGACGAGGAGGAAGCCAGCGGGAGGCUGUGACCACGACUACAGAUCGUGUGUAUUCCAGUAUUCAGGCGCUGUCCCCAGUCUCUGCUUCCGGUCUCAGGCAGAGAUGACCACCGAGAAGACUGAUUACUCCUACCUGGAGGCGGGACCCGCUCAGCCUCCCCCCCCUCAGUAUGAACCCGCUCAGCCUACCCCCCCUCAGUAUGAACCCUUCCCCACCACGUUUGGCACGGAGGUCCCGGGUACCAACAUGCCCGGGAUGAUGCCCGGUAUGCCCGGGAUGCCCGGGAUGCCCGGGGCUGGAGGUCUGCCUCUCCCACCUCCCACGGCCUUUGCCCCGGGUGUGCCUGGAGCGUUCGGGAUGACCCCAAACCCCCAAGGAGGAUAUGCAAACCCCGCGGCUUUCCCAUACUCUGCCCCGGCCCACGGCUUCAGCGAUGAUGUGUACCGGAGUGAUGAAGAUCCGCCACCCUUUCACGACAAUCAAGACUUUGAUUUCGGACUGGACAACAAGAGCAUCAGGAGAGCAUUUAUUCGGAAGGUGUUCUUGGUGUUGACCGCUCAGCUGACGGUGACUUUCGCCUUCGUGGCCGUCUUCACCUUUGUGGACGCCGUCAAGCAGUUUGUGGCGGUGAACGUGUGGACCUACCUGGUGUCCUACGGCGUCUUCUUCGUGUCCGUGUGUGUGAUCAGCUGCUGUGGAAGCGUUCGCCGACAGCACCCCUGGAACCUGAUUGCCUUGUCUGUCCUGACUCUCAGCAUGUCCUACAUGGUGGGGAUGAUCGCCAGCUUCCAUGACACCGACUCGGUGAUCAUGGCGGUGGGCAUCACGGCGUUCGUGUGCUUCACAGUGGUCAUCUUCUCCCUCCAGACCAAGUACGACUUCACCUCCUGCCACGGCGUGCUCUUCGUCUGCUUGAUGGUCCUGAUUGUCUUCGGCUUCCUCUGCAUCUUCAUCCGUAAUCAAAUUCUCCACAUUGUGUAUGCUGGACUGGGGGCAUUGCUCUUCACUUGCUUCCUGGCUGUGGAUACCCAGCUGCUGCUCGGAAACAAGGAACUGGCCCUGAGUCCCGAGGAAUACGUCUUUGCUGCGCUCAACCUUUACACAGAUAUCAUCAACAUCUUCCUCUAUAUUCUUGCCAUCAUUGGAAGAGCAAGGGGAGGCUGAGAACGAAGAACAACCCAUAGAUACAGAUGCUAAAUGGUUUUCAGUUGUCGUGUAGAAGUGGGUUCCCAUAAUCACUAUUCUUGAUUUGCUUUCUAGUGUGCGUUCAUCACAUAGUUGAAGACUGCUUUUGCUUUGAGUGUAAAUGUUGAUUUAUUAUACUAUAAGUAGAUGGUCUAAGUUAGUGGGGUUUUAUUAUUUCAUCCCGGUCGUGGAGGACCACCUGCCCCGUAUCUUCUGGACGCCUCCCCGUUCCACCAUACCUGAUUGAAGUGAAUACUGCAUCAGUCGGAUGAUCACACAUUUACUGUAGUCCCGGAGGUCGUCUAAAACAUACGGGGUAGCAAAUUGCCAAGACCAGGAUUGGGUAACACAGCUCUGAGUUGCACUUUCAAAUUUUAUUAAGAGUUUUAUGUGUAUAAAUACUGUUGUUUAAAAUCCGUAUUGUAAAAAUAAGCAUUGAUGUAAAAGUUUGACUAAGCAAUCCCAACGUUAGGUCCUGUGGAAGUUCUUUCAGAAGAACUCUUUAGUUUCAAUUUGAGGAAAAUGGCCUUUUUUCCAUUAGAAAAAAAAAUCUGUUUAGUUUGAAUGGAAGUUGUGCUUUUAAUGCACCAGUUGUGAGGCUUCUUGUCUGUUUUGGACUUCUUCGCCAGACGAGGACCUGGUUUAGUGGUUAAAGCCAGUUAGAGUGAAUGUUGGGACUGUUUAUUCACACUAUUACAACUCUUUUGUAAGGUGAAAGGAGAAGAACGGUUAACAAAGAAGGGAUGAAAAGGGCUAUAAUGUCAGUGGAUGAAUUUGACAGCUGAUAAACCUCUACUGCUGUGUCUCCAUGACAACCAAGCCAACUUCAUCCACGGACAACACACUUUAAUCUUAGUACAAGUUAGAUUUUGUGUUUGACGUUUUCUUUCUGUUAAUUUCCUCAAUAAUUAACUUUCAUGCUUUGAAGUAUUGAACUUUUAUAAAUCUGAUGUCUCUUCUUUGUAUGAAGUAAAUGUUUCCUGGGAAAAGAAAAAACAA